ACUGUUAGCCAAAAGCAGUGACAAAAAUGUGAUUUUUUCGGCAAACUCAGUAAAAAUGGAUGGGGUCAAGUAUGCAGUUGGAAUGGUUGUGAGCAUAGGGUCUUGUUCAGGGCUCCCAGAAUUUAGACAGAUUGAGCGGGUUGUGAUUGUUAAUAAUGAAGUCUUUUUUGUAUGCAGAGAGAUGUCGGCCUGGUAUUAUGAACACCUCAGGUCGUAUGAACUCUGUAGAAGUGGCUCUCUGCUCUUGACACAGCCCAAGGAUUUCAAUGAUGUGUUUCCACUUUCUGCGUACAGAGUCCAGGGUAAGAUAUUUAUUACACCAAAGCGUUACAUAUUUUGUUAAUUUCCUUAAGGAACAUGGAUCAGUCCUGGCCAGUGAGGGUGAUUGUGGGAGAGAAUGACAUUCGAAAAGUGAGGCUGCCAGGAAGACCUGCAUCUGUGGAGGCUCUCAUCGCUGUGUUAAAAAGCCAACUAACUCUGGAUUAUGACUUCUUGCUUCACUAUGAAGACCCAGACUUCAAAGACUUUUGCAACUUGAGUAACAUUGAUGAUCUACCUGAGUGUGGAACUGUGAAGAUAGUGAACUUAGAAAGUGUAAUUGUAACUUUGAGCCCACUUUUAAAUUCACCGCUGAGUUCGCCCAGUGCCUUGUCAACCACCAGCUCUGCAGAUACCCUGAGACCUCAGAGUACCUCACGCGAGCCAUGGCCCUCUGAAUUUGAAAUGCCAUAUUUGUCUGUGGACAUAGAAUAUAGGCUUCGACAAGGAAACCUCAUUUACCUGAAGGAAAACAAACGUAUGAAAGUGACACGAGAUAUAAAGCAUGACAUUCUGCAGAAACUAGCUGAAGAGAUGUAUAAGUACACUGCCUAUCCUGAAGACAAACAUUACACAGAUGUUGCUAAAGCGCUGAUCGCCAAACACCCCUGCCUCCGUGAAUCUGGCUCAUCCACUGGUUACUCAGGUUGGGUCAAUAGCCUAAAGUUUAAAAUGGGAAAUCUUCGCAGUAAACUGCGGAAUUGUGGAAUGGCAGAUGUUGUUUGCAACACAAGUAAAAGACAAAACGGAGAUGGAAGUUCAAGAAAAGGUACCAAAAGGCCAAGAAGAAGCGAGACAAUUUUUUUGCCAAAUUUCCCAGAGGGUCAUGAUGAAGAGGUCUUGGAACAAAAGAGAGAAAUUCUUCUCUGUGAGAUGAAGAAGAAGAAACCACAUUUGGCUCUUGUGAAUGAGCUGAUGAACCAAACUUUUUCACUGAGACGGAAAGAAAUAGUUGAAGAUAAGCCGCCUAUUCAGCAGAUGUUGGGACGAUGGCCUGCUCUUUUUACAAAGCAACAAGUCUUGGCUGAAUUCACUCGUGUGGCCAGUAAAGACCUGGAAAAAGAAUUUUUCCAGUCUUUGGAUGGGUUCGUACCAAGACUGCUGGAGCUCUUCAAGGCAAAAAAAGGAAGUGUUGGACAAACACUAGAGAGAAUCCUGGCACAGAUUGAAACAUCGACCCAUGAUGAUUUUACCACGCGAACAGUUGUCUUGAAGUGUCUCCCAGUCUUUUUUGGUGACGAUUGGGCAGAGUUCUUCAGAGUCAGUUAUUCUCCAGAUCUUGUGGAGUCACAGGUACCAGUUGCCAUCAUGACUGUUGUCCCAGAAGGUGAACCACUCGAUCUGUUGGACCCUCACCCUGCAACUGUGACACACUGCAUUAUACUUGAAGGUACCGUGGCAAUGGAUACUGCUGGCGGUCUCUCUGAUGCGUUUUGCCUCACAUUUGGGCUUAUGUAUGCCCUUCAUCUGGACUAUCCCAAAAAGAUGCGCAACACCUUUGAGUUUGUGCAGAGGGUGAUGCUAAACUUGGGAGUUGGAAACCUGAGACCAAAACUUCAAACCUUGAAAAAUGCACUUCAGGACUAAAUGUUAGUGUUCUUGUUCAGAUGUUUCAAACAGGUUUAGUUGUAUCAUGUACCCUGUUCAAAAAAGAGGCCUGCUAUAAUUAUACUGCACUUUAAUUUAAACAGUUUUGCUAAUUUCUGAAUACUGAUUGUUUUUUGUUUGUUUUUUUUUAAUGCAUUUUAACACCCCUUUUCUUAUUAGGGGAUAUUUUUGAGGUUUUUAGUUUUUUUUGUUUAGUUUAGUUAUGUUUAUCUCGUUCUACUGACCAAAAAUUCAAACCUUGAAAAAUGCACUUCAGGACUAGUGUUCUUGUUCAGAUGUUUCAAAGAGGCUUAGUUGUAUCAUGUACCCUGUUCAAAAAAGAGGCCUGCUAUAAUUAUACUGCACUUUAAUUUAAACAGUUUUGCUAAUUUCUGAAUACUGAUUGUUUUUUGUUUGUUUUUUUUAAUGCAUUUUAACACCCCUUUUCUUAUUAGGGGAUAUUUUUGAGGUUUUUAGUUUUUUUUGUUUAGUUUAGUUAUGUUUAUCUCGUUCUACUGUGUUGACUCAGAAUUUUUCAUAUUUCAUUUUUUUGCUGCUUUGUCAGUUAAGG